AUGUGCUUUAAAAGUCCAGAGACCCCGACGUCUCCCGCCUUGUCGACAGCCUCAACGGCCGACGACGAAGACGACGACCUCGGAUCGUCCCCGGCGAUUCCUCUGCUUCCUGCCCCCAAGCUAUCCGAACGGGCUUCGGCAAUCUUGAGGGCGCCUGCAUUUGACAUCCACGACUUCCAGAUCGACGACGACGAACAGGACGACAGUGACGGCAACCUCGCCUCUGACGACGACCAGUUUGGCACUGCCAGCUGGGGCUCUCCAUAUCUCCGCAGCGACGUCAACCUCAGGCGCCAGAGCUACGAAAGCGAGGGGUCUGACAGCGACGUGUCCGAGAGCUUCCCCAUCCACUCCUUGGAUAUCAAUACUCCUUUCUUGCGCCCGCCGCCUAUUAUCCUGAGCGGACGGCCUCAAACCCCGGCGCAGUCGCUUUUACCCACGAGUGCUGCCGCUGCCGUGCUUGUGCACAGGGCCAGGCGUCGGAACAGGGGACUUACCGAGGGCUGGAUCCGCACUCACACCGCCGGCGACCAGAACACGGAAGCUCGACUCUGGUUCAGCGACGGAGACAGCAGCGAGCACUCUUCACUGAGCGGCUCGGAAGCUGACUGGUAUCAAAGUCGAGAUCCUCGAACACCUAGGCCGUCGAGCAGAUAUAGGGCCAAGUCUCGAUCCACCUCGCGACACCCUCGUGCUAUCUCUAGCGUCGAGACCCUAAAGGCCGGUGAUCCUUUACAAUCGGAAAUAGACGACGAUAUGGCGAGCUCAGUCGCCACCGAGACGGGCUCGGUCGUGGGCCUGUCGCUCCCAAACAAUCACAACGACAUGGCGGCGCCUGGACCUGAACAAGUAAACGGCAACAAGGCGAUGCCUUCGAUCCCGCCCAUCAAAGUCUCAGAGAAGCCCCUGCCCAGGGAACCGCUUGCUGCGCCACGAAUUAAGAAAAAGGUACCAUGGAAGGGUAAGAGCAUCAUGAUUAUGCUACCACAAGAUGAGGAGCGCGGCCUCCCAGGACGACCACCAUUUCCUCUUCGACAACACGAGAUUGAGCGAAUGUUUGAUUCAUGGGUGGAGUUGGGGUAUAACGUAGACGGCUUUGAUUUGCCGGCAGAGGAUGAUACGACUGGUGAAUCUCAAAGCAGAGAGGCUUGGCCAAGUUUUGAGGACUUGGCGCAAGAGCGUUGUGAACGAGACUUUACAGUAGUCUUACCAGACCUGAAUGCGUGGAAGAAUUACGUCAAUGAGUUACAAGAAGCCAAGCUUAGGGCCCUUGGCGUCUCAUUUGGCGACGAUGAAGCCGAAGCUGCGCCCUCAAUAUCUUCACAACCUUCACGCCUACCUUCAGCUCAGUAUCCUCCACUGCCAUUCUCACCCCCAAUUCCGACUUCCUCAGCGUCCAGCAACCAUGCGGUACCCGGUUUUCCGUUCCCAUCUCCCUUCAUCCCCGGCGCUGCCGCCAACCAGAGCCCUUUGGCAUCGGGCGCUUCGCCAGUACCUUUCAGCGUGGCUGGGAAAUUCAAUGCACGGCAAUCCAUCUCAUUCCCUGCAAAUAACUCACCUUUCCAACAGCCACCGCAGGGAUGGCCCAACCAGGCCGGUAUCUUGCAAGCUAUGAGUCCUCAGGAUUCGCCAUCCCUUGUGAAUUUCAAUGGCAUCAUGUCUCCCCAGUCUCCUUACGGUGUAGAAUUCCACCAGGCUGGCAGCCCAGCAUUCAACUUACACCAGAGGCAUCAGUCACUGCAGUAUCUACCACAGCAGUACGCUAGAGCUUCUCCCCGUCUUCAGGACGUUAGAGAAGACGAAGAAGAGGAAGAACAUGUGGGUGUCGAAAGCCCAUCCAAGACUCCAGAGCCUACGCAACGCAACGCCGACCAACUACAGGCCGAGAUUGAUGAUGCCGAAUAUCACCUGGAGGAACAGCUGCGCAAUGAGUUGGAACACGAGGAUUACAAUCCUCAGACUAGAGCAGAAUCCGUUGCUCACCCGCCCUUUGCCGCUGCGCAUGCUCACCAGCCUUCUGCUGGCGGCUUUGCGCAGGUUGAGCAUUUCGCUAAUGAACCUGGCAAGCCUCUCGUCUUGCACCACCCACGACCCCACAGCCGCGGCCAUUCUCUCACCCAGAAUUUCUAUCGGGAUAAUGACCCUUCUGAAGGCGUUAACCAGGGUGGCAUGCCACCAUAUGGCCCAUUGAACGACAUUCCGGAGACUCAGCGCGUCGACGAGGCUUAUGAGGAAAUCCAAACCAAUCCCAGCAAUCUCGGCACCCCUAUUCAGGAUAUCGACUUUGCUGCUGCCUUUAGCCAGCAUCAAAAGAAUGUGUCUGCUUCAAGCAACCCAUGGCAGGACGCAGUGUCCCUUAACAACGCUGGUAGCCAACAUUCAGCCAACGACAGCAAGUCUUCCUUGUCCAAGUUCAACGUGGAAGCACCAGAGUUCAAGUUUAACCCAACAAGCACAUUCACUCCUGGCCUUUUCAACUUCAACACUCCUAGCUUCCAGCCUGGCGUGUAUCAUGCUGGCGCGCCAGAUGUUAUGGAGCAGACUCCUUUCGGAGUCCCGCCACAGCAGCCUCUAGCAGCCAAGAUCAAUGUCAAUGCCCCAGCAUUUGCUCCUGGGCAGAGCGAGUUUAACUUUUCUUCUUCUGGUCCCAAGUUCCGGCCUGAUGCCCCCGCUUUUACACCUUUCCAACCCCAAGGCGCCGCAUCCAAUACUGCUGAAGUUGGCACCAAGGGUUUCCCGAGACGGACCGAUUCUAUCUUUACUAAUAUCAGGAUUGAACCUAAUCAACAUGCUGACUCUGUUGCUCCCAAGAAGUCCAGAGCCAUCCCCAUCUUGAGACCUACUAGCCAAUCGCCAGUGGCUUCUGAAGGUGAUAUUAGAGAGCCUGAUGGUCGCAUUCAGGACGACUCCCGAGCUAAGCGAGCUAAGAGCGCUGCCGCUGAUAGCGAUGAUGUGCCUCUCUUUGCUGAGAGACCAAACGACUUGAUUGAAGAGGAAGAGGAAGAGGAAGAGGGAGAGGAAGAAGAAGGUGGAGGUGAAGACAUUGGCAUGGUUGAAUCGUCGGUUAAAGAAUCGCGGAGCAUUGCUGAGGAAGGCUCAGUUGAUGGAGAAGCUGUGUUGCCUGCCGAUACUUCCAUGUCUUCGGUUGACCAGAUUGAUACCCAAGUUACCACUGCUGCUCCCUCUGAGACCUCACCAGCGGAAGCAUCCAUUAAAUGGACGUCAUCUUUUGAACUAACUCCUCGACAUUUGUCAGCGGCUACUCCAGCGUCUCUUCCAGACCUUCCGGACGAAACCGAAGCUCGCUCAGACGGAGAAGGCUUAUCUGAAUCCACACAGCCCAAUGCUCAAUCUGCUCCUGAAGAUCCUCAACUCGCAAUUGCCAGACGCAAGCUUACUCCUAAAGGUCUGGCUGGGUCCAGAUUUGCUCUUCCUUUGCCUAAGCCAGCUGGUUUGGCCUCAUCUCGUUUCGCAGAGCCGACUCCGGCUGUUGCUGCUGAGCAAGAUGACGAUGACGAUGACACAAUUGAGUUUGCAGAAGAAGGAACAAGCGGUUUCAACGCUACACCUACUACAAAUGGCGCUAAGCGUGAGCUUACUUUUGAGGAGAUUGAUGCGGUCAUGCAGCGAAUGGAGAGAGAUCAUUCUCAGGGCAUUAACAAAUCCAUUGAGACAUUCAAGUGGCCUCAUCCAGCUGUCGAAGCUCAUGCAUCGUCGGAUGAGUUGCAUAUCCCCUCAGACCAUGCGCGCGAGAAAAUGAGCGUUAUUCCACGCAAGUAUAGCGACAUUCCAGACAACGCGUCUCAGCCAAUGUUGAGUACUGAACUGGAAGAUCCGUUUGUAGACCCACCACUGAGCGCCCAAGUUCUGAGACGAGGUAGCGGAUUUGAAGAGGGCGAGCUUGAGAGUGACCAAGUUAGUGACUGGGAAGCUGCUUUCUCAGAGGAGGAACAUUCGAAGCUUGAGAAUCGUGCCCAAUUUUUCGACGGCCGUGUUAACGACGUCGUUGGUACGCUCCUGGCAUCCAGACUUGAACCCCUUGAGAAGGCUAUCCUUACUCUCUCUCACUCUCUCAAAUCUAAAGACCAGCGGGCUCCCUCGUCCCGACGUGAUGUCCGUGGUGGUUCAACCGAGUAUCAGGAGAGCGACGCUGACGAUGAAGACGAUGAGCCUGCUCCUCGUCGCUCCAUGAGCCCCAAGAGAGACCGAAGACUAGACCAGCUUCGUUCAAUUGUUGUCGAAGCUCUUGCUUCGCAGUCACGUAGCAACCUACCAACUGCCAAUACGGAAGCUCUUGGCGAUGGAACUCUCCUGAGGUCUCUUGAUGAGAUCAAAGAACUGCUGGUUACCAGCGCCAGGUACACGCCUCGCGAUGACACCAACUCUACUCCUUUCGAGGGCUUGCUGCAAGCUAAGUCCAAUGAAGAGCUUGCUGCAAAGGUUCGUGAACUCGAGACAAAGGCUAUGGAUCUCGAGCAGCGACAUCGCUUAGACCAAGAGAGCCUUGAGAAUGAGGUUAAUGAGCGCAGGGCUGCAGAAGAUGCAGUUGCUGAGCUCAACCGAAAGCUACAGUCUACAGAGGCACUUGUGGAAGUUGAAGUUAUUAACCGAAGCGUUUUCGACGGCCGUGUUGCCGAGCUCGAAGCGAGGGUUAGACGGCAAGAGGAUACCAAUGAGCAGGAAGUCAAAGCUAGGCGUGCAGCCGAAGAUAAUUUGUCCGAAGUUCAACGCUUGCUACGCAAUGCCUCCGAAGAAGAGACCCGACUACGUGAAGUGGUGGAAGAAAGAAACCAGGCCAUCAAGUCACUGGAGCACUCUGCAGGCAAGACUGCCUUGCAAAUAUCCAAGAUGGAGGUUGCUCGUGAUCACUGGACCCACCACCAAGCUGAAAUGGUUAACAGGAUCAAUGUCCUCGAAACCGAUCUUCGCAACGUUCGCCAAGAUAACAAUACUUGGAGAGCAGAGGCUGAACGAGCUGAUGAAGCCGCACGCCGUAGCAAUGGUGAGCUCGGCCAUGCUUUGAAUGAAAAUAAGCAUCUGCAUAAAUCACUUGAUAGUGUCGUUUCCCAACUUGAAGAAAACGAGCGACUUCGGGAGUCAUGGCGAUCCAAGUUCCUCUCGCUUCAGAACGAUAUGGGCCAGGCCGCUCGCGAGGUGGCAGAGGAAAGUGCGCGACGCAUCAAGAAAGAACAGGCCAUGCUGGCGCGCCAAGAGGUUUUGGAAGCUCGGCUGCAAGCUGAAUCCAAGACUCGAGAACGUCUCGAAGUCGAAAUGGAACGACUUCAAGAUAACGAGCGGACUGGUAUGCGUGCUGUCAAUGAGUGCAAUCGCCUUGAGGGGCUGCUCUCUGAGCUUCGCAGCGAGAAUUUCAAGCUUCAGCAGGCUGCUGCCCGAUAUCAACGCGAGUUUGAAGAGGCUCGUGAGUCUGGGGCUAGCGAAGUCAAGAGGACUCGCAUGUCUCUGCAGGCCGAGCUCGAGGAUGCCAACAACCAGGUAAACGUUGUCCGAGAAGAGUACGAGGAGCAGAACGCGAAAUUGCGCGCUGAGCUUGACCACCUCAGGCUUCAGAUUGAUACUGCCAAGGCGCAGAACGAGAUGCUUCUAGAGGAAGCGCAGUCCACCAGGAUCGCCGAGUUGAGUGAACUCAAACAAAAGCAUCAGAACGAGUUGGAGGAUAUUCAGGCUCGUUAUGAGCGCCAGUUGAACAACGCAACUGAGGACGGUCAGCGAACAGAGCAGCACCUCCUGGAGCGUCUCAGCUUGUCUACAUCCAAGACCGAGCUUCUCCAAGACCGUGUCAUUCACCUUGAAGAGAAACUUGAGAUUACGAAGCAGGCCGCUGCCGCCGCAGCUCAAGCAGCGAAGUCGGCUGGCGUUGACUCUUCUAUCUUGAGCCCCGUGAUGGCUAAACCAGUAGAGCGGGUUGAGAUGCCUGAAAAGAUCUCCCCACAAGCUCUCCGGGAAUCCAUCAUGGUUCUCCAAGAACAGCUGCAGGCCCGCGAACAACACAUUGAGGAACUUGAACAGACUGUUGCUGAACUUGAUCCCGAUGCGGCAGCCAAGAUUUCGAAGCGCGACGACGAGAUUAACUGGCUGCGCGAGCUUCUUGCUGUGAGACAGGGAGAUCUUCAAGAUAUCAUCACGGCUCUUUCGGGAGACAGGUUUGACCGUGCCGCUGUCAAGGAUGCUGCCAUCAGACUCAAGGCCAACUUGCAGAUGGAGGAACAAGAGCGUGAGAGGGCCAUGAAUGGUGGCUCAGCCAUAACUCUCCCCAACAUUGCUCAGACAAUUCAAGCUGCGACGCCACGUGUAGCGCAAACCAUUGCUCCUAUCGCUGCGGCUUGGGAUAGUUGGCGCAAGAGUGGCCAGUCUGGCUUCCGAGGAAUUUCGGGAGUGUUGAGUUCGCCCGUUGUCACGGGCAAUUCCACUCCUACUAAGAGCAGAAAUGACUCGACGCAGCAGAACGGCGGCAUGGUGAGCGGGCUUCUCACCCCUCCAGCUACCGCUCUUCGCCAGCCCCCCACGCCGGACAGCCAACUGCAGCCUACGGCAUUUUCGAGCAUCGGAAGACGAUUCACAGGCCAGAGCGUUCAUGAUCGGACACGUAGAGAGUCAAAUGUAUCUCAUAGGUCUGACAAGCAACCCUUCCAAGGCCUCCCUCUUCGACGUCAGGAGUUGGCAGCCGAGCCGGUGACACCUCCUCACCUAGGACACAAGAGUGUGUAUGAUGAGGAUGCGCAGCCUGGUGACUUUGACGACCAUGACUUUUUUGAAGAGGACUGA